CAAGUGAUAAGGGGCGAUGGAAUGUUUUGGGUGGAAUAAAUCGACGAAUUCAGAUUAAGAAGAGGGAAUAAAGGGGCACCAAUAGUGCUCUGCAUGUCUAGAACCUGGAGCUUGAUAAAAUGUCCUUGUCGUCUCAAAUAAAACCAUUUUUUUCCUAAGCAAACCCCCAAUAGUCCCAGGUAUAUUGUCUUGUGCAGUACCGGAUUUUUCUUUUAUCACCGGAUAGUAUCCGCAGCUGUCAAAGCACUGCUUGCUACGCGGAGUUUCCGCUGCAUGGAUGAAAAUCUGUAUAUGCCGUAGCGCGUGCUUUGCACAUGAGCUUCCUCAGAGGGAACAAAGAAUAAUAUUCUUUGGGGACACCGGGAACAAUCUUUUCAAAUCAUAAUUGAAUUGGAAUUGUAAGCUUAGAAUCCUUUGCCUUUUUGAGAAAGCAGAGUACCAUUGUAGUUGCAGUAUGGACUGAACUUCACCUUCACCAGAUCAGUACCCAUUCAUAGGAGAGAUUUAGUAGAUUAGAUUUUCACCAGUUGGUCUUUGAUUUGCUUUGCCGGUCGACAUCCCAUGGAUGUAUCGACAACGAACAUGGUUUAGUGGAAACAGUAUUUGCAACCGAUAACGUCUUUACCUUCGCACUUCCGUGUGGAAUCGAUUCCUCUGCAAACCAGCAGCGCGAGAAGCAUCAACUGAACCCUGCUCUUGCUCUGCCGUUUAUAGACGCUAAAGCAUCCAGGUCACAAAACCAAAGCUGUAUGGUAGAUGGUAACUGACCAUUCUCUGUUGAAAAGGAACACUUUAUUGAUGUGUCCACACUUGAUUAAUUUUUUUUAUGGUGGUCAAUCUGGCUAGUGGGAACAUUUGAUCCAAUGAUCUACAACAGAUCGAUUUCCAUAAUUUGCCGCAUAAAUAAAUAUGUUAAAUUUCAUCAAACUACAUUUAUUCUAGAUUAGAUUGGGAAAACCCCAUAUGAACUUGUUAGUAAACUAGACUUGUCCAGUUUUAGGAAUUCUGUAAAUACAGUGUGCCUUGGUGAAAAACAUACUUUUUCUUUUGAUAUAUGGAAAUCAUAUUCUUAUCACCAAGCUUCUGUCAUGUAUAUUAUAUAUUUCUCUGUGGGUCUUACUUGGUUUCUGAGCAACAGGGUUAUUCAUGUUUCUUCUACUCACGUUUGAGUUCCUGAUGACAACAGAGGGAAAGGAACAGACAUACUUAGGGUAGUCCUGACAGAUCCUUUUCAUGCAAAUAAAACAGUACGGACAGCUGACUACAAGUGAACAUGGAACCUCUUGAAUUAUUGCGUAAAGGUGUGAUUUGGGAGAAUAUAUGUUGAUCAGAAUAGGUUUUGUGAACGUCUGUAGGUCAUGCACGUAUGCAGAGAAUUGAUUCUGAAGUGGCUAUAUAUAUUUAACCCCAAUAAUACAAUCUGCCCCUGGCAUAUAAUGCCACUUCCAACUUUAGUACUAUCUUUGGGAGGUUGCACAACAUCUAGAAUGGACAAGACAUGCAAACUCUUUAUUAAAUUAAAUUAGUAAAAGGUAAAAUGUUAACUGAAGAGAAUUAGCUUUACCUAUUUUCUUUUCAAGUCUGGAGUUUCAGCUCCAUGCAGCCAUGGCUCCACCCUCUAGCGUUGUUUGAUGCAGAUUGGUCCACAUAGGAAUGUCUGCUACUUUCUUAAUUUUUAUUUGUGUAAUAAGGUUUUCAAUCAUGCUUUCCUUUGUUUAUCGUGCCUUUCCAACAAUAUUUUUGUGUGUUGAUGCUGUAGAGAGAUAUUAAAGGGAGUUUGUAGGAAGAGUGUUGUGAUUAGUACUCCAUCUUCGCCAAGCAAUUUUGUAAUGGGCAGUGAUACAAACCCUGGAGAAGCAUCCAAGGGUGAUUGAGUUUUGAGUUAUGGCUCCAUAGAGCCAAGAAACUUUUUCCUUUUCUUGUUCACUGUUUUUGCUUGAAAUAAUAAGCCUACCAAGUCCUGAGCCACUAGUAUCUUCAUUGAACUGUUAAUUUUGUCACCAUGAAUCUUGUAGACCAUUUUCUUAAAAGUUACAUGCAUCUAUUUUGGCCUUUCCAGUUAUUUUUCUGCCUACCAUUGUGCACUAUAGAACAGAGGAUGACAAAUAUCCAGUGUAUUGUACUUUUCUCGCAGGCAAAUAUAUUAUUAUACACAGCUGCAUGCUUAAUCAGGGAUGCCCAUACAGGAAGCCGGUAAAGAAGCUAGAAGCACAUUUACUCUGUAAUGGAUCUAGAGCACAUUUACUCGUUACUCAAGUAAUGUGGCACUUUGGUCUAAGGUGGGGGCACUAGGAUUUCUAUUAGCCACACGAAGUGUGCAUAACUGCUAGAUCUGCACCUCCCCAGGUACAUAUUGUGGAAGAAUCAAAAUCUAAAGAAUAUAUCCUUUGAUCCUAAUUCCUCACACCUUUGUCCAUGGAUAAAUUAAAAGACCUUAAACUAACAAUUUCUCUGAAAAAAGAGAGAAAAGGUGGCCAGUAAUAUAUAGCAGAAAACAAGUUAUUGAUCAGGCUAUCUUAUUGUGCUGAAUUUGUUGCUCUUGAAACCUGUAAUAUCCAUGGUGUCGAUUCAGUCUCGAGCUAUUUUUAUGGUCUAACUAAUCAACUGUGUUUGUAGUAUUUAAGUAACUCUUUAAGCAACAUGCAUGAAAGACUGGUUUAUACUUGGCAUGCCCGGUAGACACCAUUCUUACUUGACAUUUGCUUGCCUGCACAUUUACAACUGAACAGCUGUAGCCCUAGCUUGAAAUUUAGAUCAUAAUUAUAAAACCAGUGAGGUAUCCAUGCCAAUGAAAAGUUGAUUUGGCGUAUAUACACGAAACAUUUGCCUGAAUUACCUUAAUCAAAUUAUGUUACUGAGACAACUAUUUGAUUUUUGGAGUAGUUAAUUAUAGCAGCAGUUACAUUUAUGUUUGGAAGAAUCAGUUACCACAUAUUCAGAAGUAAUAUACCAUGGUGUAGACUCAGGAUGUAAAACUGAAAUUCUCCUAUCUUUGGCACCACUUUCCUGUUGCAUUGUGGUCUUUCUUGGUUCUGCCCCGUCCUUUUUUCUCCAUUCACCCCCUUCUUCAAUCUGGAUAGCUCAGUUAGAAAGGCUAGGUCAGAGCAUCUCCGUGCCUCCACAGCCCCACUGGAUUCGCAAUUAUUGAGGCGCCUCCACUAUAAAAAGGCAACCAUCCACAAGAAGUAAGAACACAGCGAGCAAGGAAGCAAGCACACAACAAGGACAAGACAGCAACUGAGAACCCUAGUACUGAACCAAAAGCUUUCACAGGGGCUUACUGCGAAUGAACACCCAGAGGAAGCCUGGAGACUGGAACUGCAACUCGUGCCAGCACCUCAACUUCAGCCGCCGUGACUUCUGUCAGCGCUGCCGUGCCACGCGCUCGGAUCUGCAGCUCGGAGACGGCCGCUGUAUAGGUGGUGUGCUGACCUCCCUGGACGUUCGCCCAGGUGACUGGUACUGCAAUUGCGGCUACCACAACUUCGCCAGCCGCUCCAGCUGCCUCAAGUGUGGCACAAUUGUGAGGGACUUCCCAGCAGGCCAGGGUGGCACUGGCGCUGCUGAGAGCGGUGGAGUUCGUGCUGGGUGGAAAACUGGUGACUGGAUAUGCACAAGGCCUGGCUGUAAUGUGCACAACUUUGCAAGCAGAAUUGAGUGCUAUCAUUGCAAUGCACCUAGGGAAGCAGGCACCGGGAAGUGAGGACCAAUCAUGCCGACCGAGAUCGAUAGGCGUGACGAGAUGGCUUAGGACGAGACCAACCAUUGUCACACUCGCAAGCUCCGAUCCAGGGAAAAUAAAACUACACAGUAGUAUAUAUGCUGAUGUAUUGCCACCUGUUAUACUACUACAACCGUCGCAUGGUUGCGAGGGCAGGAGAAGUUCCCUUAGCUUCCAGAAUGUAACGCGUGCAUGGUCUCGUCACGCCUCGUUUACGUUGGUUGAGGCGUCGCUCAUAUUGUAUGGUUUGGAUUACUUGAAUAAAUAUUCUUAACCAUCCUUAUAUGUAUUGUGUAACUAUUGA